GCUCGUGUUGCGCCUUCCAUUCUCUUACGCCAGCACAUCUUCGUCUCAGCGGUUGCGCGCCUUGUUAUACGUCGUCUACUUGCCUCGACAGUACAAAGGAAACCCCUGCGCGCCGUCCUUCACACCUACCUAUACAUAUUGUAAUAUCAUUCAUACUUUGCAAACAUGGUCUCCAAGCGCGGUUUGCCAGAGAGGAAAAAUCCUCUUCUGGAGCCCACCGAGUCCACGGCCACUGAGAUACUUGUCGAGAGGCGCCGACUAGGACAAACCAAUCUGGGCACGAAGCCCGGCGUCACCGGUGUCACAAACGCGACAAAGGUGGAAAAUAUAGGCAUCUUGGACUACGCGCAUCUGAGGGUCCCGCUCCCCAAGGACCUGACUGGAACCGGCAUCUUCAAUAUGAACACGACUUCGGCUUACCCAGAGUCAUACUUCUUGAUGCGCCGCAGCAGUGAUGGAUACAUCAGCGCAACGGGAAUGUUCAAGGCCGCGUUUCCGUGGGCUUCUUUGGCAGAGGAGGAAGAGGAACGGAAGUACCAAAAGACCUUUCCCUCAGCCGGCCCAGACGAGGUGGCUGGGAGUGUUUGGAUCGCGCCAGAAGAGGCGCUCACACUGUCUGAUGAAUACUCAAUGCGCCACUGGAUUGAGGCCCUGCUCGACCCCGCACCGAUUGAGAAGGGCAACAAGGACAAAACAAAGUCUCAACACAUUCGCAUGCCUCCCAAAUUCGACGUUGAGAACGCAACACCAGCCCUACUGCCGCCUCACUCAGCCAUUCGCUCAGCUCGCGCACGAUCAACGCGUUCUGCCUCUCCAAGCAAGCUUGCCACUCCUAGCCGCAAGAUGGCGACCCCGCGAAAGGCACGAACAACGCGCAACGCAACCAAAUCAGACACAACCAAGGCCGAGGAGAUUUUCGGUGCGUCCAAGGUGGUUACUCCGUCAAGCGCGCUGCAAAACUUCAUCGCGAACGGCGCGACACCAUCCGAGUCGCUUGCAUCUGAAUCGCUCAAUGGCGAUGCCAAGGAGGCGGAUGCGAAAGCAGAAGAGGUCAAGGAAGGAACCGUACGCAUCGAGGUGCAAGAGACGGUCGAGACACAUGGCAACGUCGAGACGACCACCACCAAUGUCAAGAUCGACGUGCCGCAUAAUCAUGCCGAGCUUCCAGAACCCGAAGACCCUGCGAGGAUGAUUGAGGAAGCGAAGCGCAUGGUAGAAGAGGCACAGAAGUUAGAAGCCGGGUCAUCGUCUGACGUGAUCAAGGUCUCCAAGCGCAAGGUCGAGGAGGUCAUUGACGAGGCGGAGCUGGCAGGAGAGCGCGCGUCAAAGGCAGCAAAGGUCGCAUACACGACUGAGCAAAAGUUGACAAAGGAAAAGGUUACACGGCGCGCACUCGUCGGACUAGGUGUCAUGGCUGCUAUUGGCACCGCCUUCCAGUACUUCGUAUAGCCAGGCCUCCUUGCCUAGGCCUUCCUUUACUUGCUGUAUGUGCUUUGGUACGUUUUGGGUUCUUGGAGGACGUACCUUCGUGCCUACAUGUUCUUGCCCUUCUUCCCUUCUAUUUGUCGCAGAUACCACACCACAUUUUCCGAUCUUUUGUUCAUCUGGCGCACGGAUCUCUACGCUAUCGCACGAAAAGAAGGAGGCUCUUGGGAGGAGGGAUUGGUAUGGAGCGGCACACAUUCG